AUGGAGCCAUUUACGAAACCAGUAGACACCACAGAAUUUCCAACCUACGAAGAUGUUGUAGUUCAUCCAGUGGACUUCACUUCACUUGAACGAAACAUCAAACGCAAAUUUUAUGGUUCUACUGAAGCAUUUUCAUCUGAUGCAAGAUGGAUUGUGCACAACUCGGUGAUAUUCAACGGAGCCAAUUCCAAAGUGACAUCAAUGGCUCGUUCUUUGGUGAAAAUUCUGAAGCAGGACAUGAGUGAGAUUGAAACAUGCCCAGACUGUUAUAUGAAUGCUCACCAAAAGCCCAAGACUUGGUUCAUCGAAGCAUGUAGAUCUGCACAUCCUUUGAUCUGGGCAAGAUUGAAAGGUUUUCCAUUCUGGCCGGCAAAAGCUGUGAAGUGGAGAGAUGGAAAUGUAGAUGUCAGAUUUUUUGGCAGACAUGACAGGUCUUGGGUUCCAGUUAAAGAGUGCUUCCUCUUCUCAGAACAAAUGCCAACACCACUUAAAAACCGUAAUAAAACACUAGAAUCAUGUCUUCAGGAGGUAAAUGAGCACAUAGUCAAGCUGCGUGAAAGGUUUGGAAGAUUCAAAUAUGCACCUCAUCGUGUUCAGUUCAAUCCACUAGAUGCUGACCAAAUAAAGAUCAUGCUCCCUAACUAUAAAACACCAGUUCCUGUGAGAGUUCGGUCACAGUCCAGAGCUUUCUCCAGAUUGUCUGGUCAUUCAGAUGAUGAGACAUCUUCUGUUGCGUCAACUGAUAGUGGUGCUUCAGUGAGACGACGCAAACGAGAAUCUGGAACUUCCUCAGCCACACAAGAGACCGAGACUGAGGCAGAGAUUCCCAGUCAGACCUCAGAUCAUGGGGAUGAAGACAACAUGGAAGAAGGGAAUGAAAGUGCCAAGAAAGAAGAAAAGCCUUUAGCUGAUCCAGAGAUUAAGAAGGAGACCAAGGAUGAAGAUGAAGAACUAGAAGGUUUUCCAGAGAGAGGUGAAGAUGAGGAGGAGGACAAAUUAAAAGGAGAAGUUGAUCCAAAACCUGACAUCGAGGAUGAUGGAGAUGAAUAUGAUGAAUAUCCUGUAGGGAACUUUGAGGAUGAGGAAGAAGACAAUGAGGAAGGUGAUGAAAUGGCAUUAGUGAAUGGGAAACCAUCAGAAAUAAAGAGUGUCACUGAAAAAGUUGAUGAGAGUGCAGUAAAAAAAGAAACGGUAAGUGAGGAUGAAGAGAAAUCUAAUAGUAAAGAAGAAGUUGUGAAGAGGGAUAGAAAGUCACCAGAAAGUACUGAAAAAGAAAAUGCUGAUGUCAGUGCUGGCCAGUUCGAAAAAAAUAAGGGUUUGGAUGAAAGUGACAAGGAAGAAGGUGAGAGUGAGGAUGAAGAGGAAGAGGAAGAUGAGGAAGAUGAUGAGGAUGAUGAGGAAGUAGAAGAGGAGGAAGAGGGCCUUGGCAACCUUGUGCUAAGUACUGAAGGUGAAGAUGCAUAUGAAGAUGAAGAAACAAGUGAGAAAAUGGAGGCUGAAGAAUAUGAAAGAAAAGAGGAAAAUGAAGAAAAGUUGGUGGAAGAUUUGUUAAAAUCACGGACAGAGAGUAAAACUGAUGAAGAUAUUAGUGAAAGCAGAAUCAUGGACAAUGUAGCAGAAAAUGUAAAGGAAAGUGAUACAGAUGAGCUAGAAAGUGAAAGUUUGGAUAAACAGACACAGGGUGCACAGGAUAUUCAUGCAAGUAGUUUACAAGAAAAUUUAUUAAAUGUUCUGAAAAAAGAUGAAGGUGCAGAAUUAUCAGAUUCUGAAGAUGGUGCACAUAAAGCUUUAAAGGACAAAUCCAGAAUAGCAGCUCAGCUUCAAGAAAUUUUUAAAGAAAAAGAUGAAGGGUCUUCACCAGAAAAUCAAAGUGAAGAAAGUGAUGUGGAUGAGGAGGAGAGGGACAAAAGUUUAACAUUUAAAGAUUCUAAUGAGAAUGUGGAAAGUGAAAGUGAUUCAGAUGACUGUGAGAGUGAGUUGAAAAACAGUGUGAAAGAAAUAAAAUCUUUGGUUGAAAAGAAUGACAGUGAGAAUGAAAGUCAUUGCAAAGAGAAUAAAGGUGCUCUUACUAACAGUUUAGACUCCAAAGAAAGUGAAGAAAAGGGCACUACGUUACUUGUAAAUAUAGAUAAAAGUAGCCAUGAAAGAACUGAAGAAAAAGUCAGUAUAAAUAGAGAUUUGGCUGAAUCAAUACAGAACAAGUUGACUAGGGAAUUUGGAAAGUCUGCAACUGUAAACGAAUAUGAAUCAGUUCAUAAAGAUGCUUCAAGUGUGCGUGAUGUAGAAACCAUGGAUAUUGAUGAAUAUUCAGUGAGUAAGAAAGAAGGGAAAAAGCAAGAUGUAGAUAGUAAAGCAGAAGAUGAGAAAAUGGAAGUUGAGGGUAGUGUCAGCAGCAAAAGCACUCUACUCGAUGCUGUUCAGCUAAUGAAGAACAUGGGAACAAUUGCAAUAACAAGAGUGGAUGGAAAAACUUUGGAACAUGGUAGUGGAAGUGCCAGGGAAAAAGAGAGAGCAGAAGGAAAUGAUGAUAGAAAGAGUAGCAGUGAUGAUUCAAACAGAAAUACCCCAAACUCUCAGAGACCAUCUCCAGCUCCAAGAGUUUCAGAAAAAGAUAUGGAGCAGCACAUAUCUUCUUUAGGUUGUAGUGUAAGUGUGACAAAAGCAGUAGAUAAGGAUAGAGAGAAGGAGAAAGAAAAGGAAAAGGUUAAAAUGCCAUCUGGUGUGGAUACAACACGUCUUAGUCCUUCUAUUUCAAUCAUUCCUGUAGCUAGUGCAGCAGAGCGACAGCGAACAAAAACCACCAUUGCUCCAUCAGCUUCACCAAAUGAAAGUCAAAAUUCACCAACAGUUUCGACACAAAGCGCUCCAAGAACUUCUCCUGCUGUAAGUCAGAAUCCUUCAACAAGCACAUCAAGUAUAUCUGAAACGACGCCAUCAACUGCAACACAGAGUGCUACCCAGAGAGUAUCCUCUGCAUCAUCCAGUAGUUCGCCACAGACUGCUGGUGGAAAUAAUAUUCCUCCCCCUCCACCUCUUUCUCACCCUCAGGCUUCACAGAGUAGUGUCGUGGGUCCAAGAGGAGUGUUUGGUCCUCCACCCCCAGGAAGCCAGGUUUUAGGAAUGCCAGGUGCUCGAGGGCCCAUUAUGUCAAGUCCGGGCCUGAGAAUGAUGACCAGCUCUGGACCAGGUGUGUUGAUCCCAUCACGCAUGCCUGGGGGACCUGGCAUGACACCCACUAGACACCUACCACCAGAAGCAGGUCCACUCUCUUCACAGUUGCACAAACACUCACAAAAGUUGGCAGAAGUGAUGAGGGCCACUCUUGAAGAUGUCCUGGCAGGUCUUGUUGGAACUGGAACACCAGAAGCACGUCUGGCAGCCCUACAGUUAGAACUUGAGCGAACAAGUUGGCGACACCAGCAGGAACUGGCAGAAGUUCGGCAUAAUGCAGAUGUCAGAUUGAGAACAGAUGGAGCACAGAUGGUGGAAGCAAGAAGACAAAUGGAAAGACAAAUGAAACGCUGAAGUAAGAAGACAGAUGGAAGCAGAAAAAAAAGAGCUGUGGAAGAACUAAAAAGACAGUGGUGUGCUAAUUGUGGCAAGAUCUUUUUCUGCUGUUGGAAUACCUCAAUACUUGUACAUUGUAUCCCUGUACCUUAUGGAUCCGGGACGUUGCUCAAGGGAAAGUUGUACAGCUAUACAGAUGACGUGAACAAAGUGUCAGGAGCUCCAGUGCGACUAAAAGACUCGCCAUGA